AUGACUGGCCAAGUCAACAUCGAUCCGAAAGACAUCCAAGCACAUCUGUCUAGUUACGAGGGUGACAAGUACGUCGAAGGCUGGGCUGCACUAUGGGAUAAAGGUGACAGCCUACCCUGGGACCGGGGUUUUCCCAAUCCCGCGUUGGAAGAUGCCCUAGUCCAGCAACGCGCAAUCAUCGGCGGGCCCAUUGCCCAAGAUGCACAGGGCCGGCUAUACAGACGGAAGGCCCUCGUCCCAGGCUGUGGCAGGGGGGUCGAUGUCCUGCUGUUGGCUAGCUUUGGAUACGAUGCCUACGGGCUUGAAUAUAGCGCCAGUGCUGUUGAGGUGUGCAAGAAGGAGGCGGAGGAGCAUCACAGUCGGUAUCCGGUGCAAGACCAGGCACUUGGUCGAGGCAAGGUCACCUUUGUUCAGGGUGAUUUCUUCGAUGAUGCCUGGUUGCAGAAAAUUGAGGGCUCUGCGAAUGGGUUCGACCUUGUCUAUGACUACACGUUCUUCUGCGCUUUAAGACCAGCGCUUCGCCCCAAGUGGCUCUCCGACACACCCAAUUGCUUGCCCCCUCGCCAGCAGGAAAAUUGA